AUGGGUUGGAACCAGAAACAAAACCAGGGAACAAACCUGGGUUCCCAAUCUGCAGUUCCAUCUCGCUACCGUUGCAAAGUUGGGGGUGAAUGGAGGCCACUGCAGGACUUCUCCAAAAACCAGCAGAAACUGAUACAGAGACAAGCAUCCCAGGGCAUAGAUGCGGCCAACUCGGGUAUGACGUGUAUCGAGCACUCCGCCACCAACAGGCGCGAGCUGCGUUGCGAUCUCUGUCAAUUGAUCAAGCCCCUUGAUGCCUUCAGCAAGUCCAUGAGGAAAAGUGACGAUCCGAUGUGCCUACGAUGCACAGCCUGGAGCGAAACUCAAGAACCGGGUGUGACGCCGACACACCUAGAAACCGGGCACAUCUCUGUUGAAGAGAGGGACAAUUCCUUGCAGGACAAAAGACACACUGAGAGCACUGACUUCUUUCCUGAUGACAGUAUGCCACGGGCCCCCAUAACCGCCUUGUCUUCACUUGGAAUCACUAUCAGUGAUGCACCAAGCAAAAUAGCUUCCUUGGCAGGCUCUCAGCGAUACAAUUGCGCACCAUCGCGAGGCCCGUCGUCAGUUGUUUCGGUACCAAGGUCCGACGUGUUGCCGCCUCACGUGGAGGCUCGUCUUGCCGGCCUGAAGAAGAAGGGAGGGCUGAGCCUACCAUCUGACUCUGAUCUUGAAAGCCAGGAUUUAGGGUCGUGUUCGGCUCCAAGUGAUGUGCAAGCGAGGCCGAAAAUCCCCUACAAUGCUUGGGAUAAUACUGGGAAAUACCAUGAAGCUGAAAAGACGCCCACGGCAUCUCACCAUGGUACUUCUUCCACUUCCACAUAUAGCAAUACUCAGGCCGUUGAACCUGAUACUGCUGGAGGCUGGGAAGAUGCCCCAGCUACGACAAUGAGAUGGCCCGAACCGAAGAAAGGCUGGCACAAGGCUCCGAGACUAGAGAGAUCUCCUCCAAAAGGUACCGACCAUGUAUCUAAGGUGCACGUUGAUCCUAUCAUUGAUCAACAGAGGAGAAAGAACUAUUGCGCAUCGGACGACUCUAGGUAUUAG